AUGUCGUCAUCCGACAAAGGAGGCCCACUUUCUCGAUGGACAUCGAACUCAUCAACAGCCUGCGCCAGCACGAGUCAACACAGCCAAACUGCAGCCCGACGACAGACAUGGGCAUCGGCGACCUGGGCCACUGGUCAGAACAUCAUCACGGGUAUGCUCUACCAUCGCAGGGAUUCCAACGCGAGCACCCGGCAGUAUGGCAAGUACCAACGGCUGCAACAGUAUGAGCACUUCGCGACGCCCAACACGCUGCCCUUGCCCCCGACGCCGGAGCUCUCGGAGGGUUUGAGCUCAGCAAAUCCAAAUAAUAAUAUGCGGCGGAACAUGCCAACAUUGGACCUGCCUCCCCUCCCGCGGCUGCUGGGAAACGAGAAUCUGGACGAGUGGGAUGAUAUUCUGGUCAGGACUCUGCGACUCCACGGCCUGGCCGAGUACGUCACAGUGCCAUAUCCGGGCGUGCCGGAGCCAACAAGCUCAACGCCGUGGGCACCCACCAAGUACCUCGGUGCCGGAGCGAAUGCCGCCGGUGUCACCCCCGAACAGUGGGAACGGGACCGCGCUCUCGUGUGCCUGCUGAUGACCGGCUCCUUCAGCCUCGACGUCCGCGAUACGCUCCUCGCAUGCGGCUACGACCCAUCCGAGACCAACCCGAAGGCCAUCUACGACCUCGUCCAAGAGGCCCUGCCCAAGGCCGCCGGCGAGGACGUCCCCUCGUGGCUGCGCGAGCUCAACGCCAUCUCGCCCUCGGAGCCGCGCUUCGGCGGCAGCCUGAGGGAGUACUGCCUGCGGCUGAGCUACCUCCGCAAGCGGCUGUACGUCGCGGAGCCCCAGCCGAACGACAACCUGGUGCUGGUCAUGGCUAUACUGGGCCUGGGCCGGGACGGAAAAUACGAGGACCUGAGCAUGGCUCUCGGCCAGCAGCUCGAGAGGGGUGGCUUGAGCUGGGCGCGGUUCAUGGGCGAUCUGGCAGGCGUCCAUGGCCGACAGGUUGCUGAGCGUCGAAAGGCAAAAAGAAGGGUCCAUGAAGAACCUGUCUGA